CUUCGUCCCCCUCAAAUCCUCCCCGCCGCUUGCCCCUCAAUCUAUCCGUCUCUCGUUUAUUUGGUGGUUUUGAUGUCGGAGUUCCCACCGAAUCCUGACGACGGCGAGCUCUGGCUGCCAUCGGAGAUCUUCCCGGACGUCGGCGUCUGCUGCCGCCACCACCGCCAGCCCGACGCCGCUGGUCUCUCCUACUUGGACGACCUUGCCGAGAAGCUCGCCGCCUUCGGCCUCCUCGAUCGCAGCCACCUUGUCCGACCCAUCUAUCACCCCUCCGACGGGUUUCGUUCUGGAAACGGAUCGGUUUCGCGGUUCGGGCCUUCGGUCGAGAGUGAGACCGGAGCGGGGAUGGUGUACGACGGGUUCCGCUCGCCGGCGGCUGCGACGCGGGUGCUUGACGCCAUCGCUGCCGGUUCGCGGCCGAUGUUUCCUUUUUCCCCGGCGAAGCCGUCUCAGGUGGAGGCUUUUGGGCAGGGGGGAAGUGGGGUUAUGGCGAGGCAGCAGCAGGUGCCGAUUCGAGGUCGGCGGUUCGUUCCGGUUCGGACCGGCGGAUCUGGGAGGGAGUCCGGAGGCACCGGCGUGUUUCUUCCUCGGGUGAGCGGUAACGAAGUCAUGCCUCCAACGAAGAAGAAAUCUAGUAGACAUCAAAAAUGGAGGAGAGCGACAGAGGCAGCCCACAAAGAAUGCGGCCAUGGGGAAGCGAGGAAUACCAUUUCAUCAGGCUCCUCCUCCUGAGAUGUGUUUGCCUCAUGACUGGACCUACUGAGGCCCCCAUUCCCCUCACCUAUCCCCUUUCUCGGUCGCUGUACCCCCUUCUUUCUGUUGCUGUUAAGAAAUAAGUACAAGGAAAGCAGAAGGGGUGGUCGGAGAUGGAUUCUGGGGAAGGAAAAACAAAAUAGAGAACAAAACGAGGUGGAAAUAACUAGCUUGGUCUGCAGCAAUGGUAGGAAAUAACGAGAUCAAAGAAAGCAGAACUGCAUUUUUUUUUCCCCUUUUUUUAAAGUCUUUCUUCGUUCUCUUUUGUCUCUUUAGUCCUCCUGGCUUGUUUGCCGUAGUGCUGUAUACAUAUAUUAAUUAAUUAAUAAUAAUCUAUUAAUAAGAAGCUUGGAUGUUUUAUUUGAAGAAUAAAAUUAUUGUUGCUUAAAUUU